AUGCCUCCGCGAACACGCUCCGAUGAUUAUCAGGGGUCGCGGUGGGCCGCCUUUUGGCUGCCAAUAUUCCUAGCGGCUUCGGCGUGCGGCAGUGACAUCCUCAUGAUAACUAUGGGCGGCACGAAGUCCCACAAAAUGCCCUUCUGGGAACUAGCCAGGGGGAUGAUACGCAGAGGCCACAACAUAACUCUGAUAAGCGCUUUUGCGCCCGAUUUCCACAUUCCCGGAUUAGAGGAGAUUGCUCCCGAGGGUCUGGCGUCGUAUGUGCGCGGUUACAUGACCUUCGACCUGGUUGGGGCCCGGAUGAGAGGGGAAGAGCCGCUUCCCUUAUAUGACAUACUGAGAUACGGAUACCAGGCUUGUGAGGCGUUCCUAGACGACUACGAGACGAGAUCCUUCCUUCGCUCCGGAAGAACCUACGAUCUUAUCAUCCUCGACGGCGCGUACCCCGAGUGCGCUUUGGGCGUGGUUUAUCGCCUUAAGGUGCCCUUCAUGUACAUAAACACCGUCGGCUUCUAUGCCGGCCCUGCGAGCAUGUCGGGCAGCCCAGCCCCUUUCUCCGUCACCCCGUUCUUCGGGAGGGCGUUCACGGAUAACAUGGGCUUCGUGGACAGAGCCCUGAACGCCGCCUGGCUCACCGGCUCUCUACUAGCCCACGGGUUCAGCAUGGCGGUACUUCAAGGCGUCCUGCGCAGACACUUCGGCCACCAGAUGCCGCACGUGUAUGACAUGGCGAAGAACGUCAGCUUCAUCCUGCAGAACGGCCACUACUCCGUCUCCUACCCGCGGCCGUAUCUGCCGAACGUCGCCGAGGUCGCUUGCAUCCAUUGCAAGGAGCCCAAGAUACUGAAUGCGGAUAUCGAGGAGUGGAUAUCUGGGGCGGGCGACGCAGGUUUCGUCUAUGUGUCCAUGGGGUCGUCAGUUCGCACCAACACGAUGCCAUUGGCUGCUCACCGCAUGAUCGUCAAAGCGCUGGGCCGUCUACCGCAAAGGGUUCUCUGGAAGCAGGACGCUGAGCAAAACCUGACGGACAUUCCAUCCAACGUCAGGCUGUACAAAUGGCUGCCACAGCAAGACCUGCUGGGUCAUCCUAAAAUCAAGGCGUUCGUGACACACGGGGGUCUGCUGAGUAUGUUCGAGACGGUCUACCACGGUGUCCCUAUAGUCUCCAUUCCGGUGUUCUGCGACCACGAAGCCAACGCCGCCAAGGCGCAGGUGGACGGCUACGCGAAGAUCCUCGACCUCCACCACCUGACCUCAGACGAACUGUACCGGGCGAUCAAAGAAGUGAUCGACGAGCCCAAGUACAAGAUACAAGUGAAAAAGAGACAGAUACUGUUGAGGGAUCAGAAAGAGACACCGCUAGAGCGGGCGAUCUAUUGGACGGAAUACGUUAUCAGGCACAAGGGCGCCUACCAUUUGCUUUCGCCGGCGAAGGACCUCAACUUCUUCCAGUACUACUUGUUAGACGUCGCCGUCGCGUUCGUCGUUUUAUUCGUCACGAUAUCUUCUAUUACAGCUUACAUCGUAAGGCUCAGCUUCAAUGGGCUCGUCGAUUACGUGCAGAACAGACGCAUGAACAAGUUGAUAGACAAGCCUAGUGGUCUGCUAAAAAGCUCGAAGUACAUCGAACCGGUGGCGAUGGUGAAGAAAAAUUUG